CAGUGUUUGCGGAAGUAAAUACACGCUGUUCACUAACGUGCUUGCGGUAGUGUUGAUAAAGGUCCGCACUGUUUUGUAUUGAUAACGUCACGAUUUGCGUUACUCCCGUCAGUCAUUACUUGGUCCAAACCACGUCUCUUAAGGACAGUUUGGCUGCUAAUGUUGUCUUGUAGCUUAACUCCUCAGAGAAACCACCUGGUUCUGGCUCCAGAAAGCAGGACACACUGUCUGUGAACAUGUCCCGACCUCUGCGGGUCCUUUCACUCCUGUUCUCCAGGCCCGGUGCUCUGUCUUUUGCUCCCAUAAACAGCUGUCGUUCUGUAAGCAGAGAUGGCAGACAGUGGAUGGGACAGAACCGUGUGCACGGAGACCGAGACAGAGACAGAUUAUCACACAGAGCUUCAGGACACAGCGACGACGUGUGUGAUGAGGACACUGAGGACGUAGAGGAUGUAGAAGACAAGCUCCAAGCCUUGGUUGGUGAAGAGAGGAAGAAGUCGAAUACCCUGAAAUAUCACAUACUUAAGAGGAAGAUGACUCCAUCAGGAGCUCCACAGAGGAAACUAACCUGGGAUGCUAUGGAGCAGAUCAGAUAUCUGAAGCAAGAGCAACCAGAGGAGUGGACAGUAGAGCGUCUGGCUGAGGGUUUCUCUGUCACCCCUGAUGUCAUCCUGAGAGUCCUCAGAAGCAAGUUUGUCUCCUCUCCCAAAAGAAAAUCCAAGCAGGAUGCUAAAGUAAUGGUUGGACUAAGCCAACAAGUGCUGCUUUCAGGUGUCAGAGCCAGCCAGGAUAGACUGAAGCUACCUGGGAAAACAGAAGCAACACUGCUACCUGGAGGUAGACAAGGGGCUUUAAUCUCUGCAGCUGACCAGGCUCUGAUGAUCCAAGGAGAACCCUCAGGGUCACUGGACAAGAGUCCUGUCCCUGUUACUGUCCUGCCCACACAUUUCACAACUGGUAUUAGUAAAGACGCAACAGUGACACAGUCGACUGAAGAAAAUUGUCCCACCAAAACAAAUCCAGAGGACAACCAUGAGGAUGAGGAUGAGGAUGAGGACUGGGAUGGACAGGUGUUUACUGAAGAACAAAUUGAAGAGUAUUUGGAAAAAGAGAAACCUGCCCCUGUGGUACAAGUUGGGAAUGAGUUCUUUGAUCCAGAUGGAAACUUCAUGUAUAGAAUCUAACAUGUCUGCUGACUUACGUAUGUGUGUAUGUAUGUAU